UUGAAUUGACGUUGGGUUUGUGAUGCUGCGCUUUGGCGCCAUUUUGUGGCCGAAUUUCGGCAUCGCAAAUAAAGGCGCACUUCCGGUUCCACAAGGAAAUCCGAUCGCCGCAAGAAGCGCCGCUGCCGCCGCCGCCGCUUCUCUUUUCGUCCGUCACUCUGUGGCAGCUUGUUGGGUGUGACCUCAGACGGCUGUUGCUGCCAUGGCGAUGUCCACCUUCCAGAAGGUGACGCUGGCUACCUGCUUGGUGCUGUGCGUUGCCCUGCUGCUUCCCCGGAUGUUGCUGUCUCGCGGGAGGAAGGAUGCAAGCGAAGGCCACUUCCCGCCCAUGGUGCACCGUCACACGGCCCCGGAGGGCCGAGGUCAGAGAGUGGCGGCGGGAUCGGGCUCCUCCUCCAGAGCCCACAAAGGGGAUGCUGGUGUCGCCCGUGCCAAAGGCGCGGGAACGGGAGCCGGGCUGGGAACUGCGGCAAAAUCCAACCUGGCGGGACAAAUCAUUCCAGUCUACGGAUUUGGAAUCUUACUCUACAUCCUCUAUAUCCUCUUCAAGAUCACGUCAAAAGGGAGCAGUCAGCCUCCAUUGGGCAGAUACUCCUCAGCGCGCUCAGGGAACACCAAGAGGAAAAUCACUGACUUUGAACUGGUACAGCUGCAGGAGAAACUGAGGGAGACAGAGAUGGUGAUGGAGAACAUUGUUUCCACUGCACAGCACAGCCCCGACAGGGGAAGUAAGGGCGUGAACGUGGACCAGGACAGUCUCCUGCAGCAGUUGACGGAAAUCACUCGCGUGAUGCAGGAAGGUCAGUUGGUGGAGGGCGUGGCAACGCCCAACAACCACCACCAGCGACCUUGGGAAGAAGAUGAAGAAGAGGAUCCUCAUGACUUGUGGGUGCGCCGUCGCUGCUGCUGUCAACAUUCUACGAGCGGAUCACAGACACAAGUCAGAGAAGACAACGCGGCCAACCGGGUGGACGACGUUCCCGCGGACGUUCUGGGGGCAGCCGAAGAUCCAGGUCCCGGUUCGGGAGGUGAGGAGAACCUGGACGUGGAGCAGAAGGAGGUCCACCUGAGCGGGGAGAACAGGGAAUGUGAGGGUGAGGAGGAGCAGAUCCAGAUCGGAAUGCCUGAUGGGGAGCUGCCAGGGAUGUUGAAGGAGUUGGAGCUCACCUUGAAGUUGACGUCCGCCAUGGAGCGACAGAAAAUGGACUACCUGGAGACGCAAGUGCUAUCCGGAGGCGGUGGUCCCAUCCGACGGAGGAACAAAAGGAGAAGCAAGAAGGAGUCUCAGUGAAGCCUGAUUUGGACAAAUGUUUUGUGUGGAAACAUUACAGACGUGUGCAAAAACUCUGCAUGGAUUGAAUUCUUGAACGUUUCUCGAUAGCAAGAUGACGUCAAUUAUGGUCGCUGAGGUCCGUUUGAAGCAGGGGUAUCCAUUCAUUUUCUUUUGAAGACUGCAUGCAGAAAAAAAAAAAAAAAUUAGACAAGAACCACUUUGUAACUUUUGAGUUUAAUUCAUAGCGUGACUAUUCCUGUGAAUAACUGUACCAUUAAUCUAUAAUAGAAUACCCAAAAACUAGCAAUGGGCAAGUACUGAUAGCAUGAGUCGAUCGCAGCCUUAGUUCAAGGUACACGGUAGUCUUGAAUGGUACCGAGACCAGGCACUGAUAUUUAAGACAGAAAAAAAAAUCUUGACAACUCAUCCUCGCCAGUAGUUGGCACCAAACUGCCCGAAAGAAAAGGGGUCUUCCCCCGAAGUCAUUGUAUUCAUUGAAAUGACGUAUCUUGGCCACCUGGGAGCAGUAUAAGAGACAUACGCCAAGCCACGUUAUCUUCAUAUACGAGUCUGGACAUACAGAUAUAUGGAACCGAUUACGGCAACUUCUCAGUGGACUUUCCUAAAGUGGCUGUGGUUGUUUUACAAACUCGACAUGUGAUUCUUUUUCUUUUAUGUUGGACUAAGCUUCCACAGGGAAUUACAAUUAGCAGCUUGGAUUGUUUAGGAUCGAAGGACAAACAAAUCUAAUAGAGAUGAGGGUGUAUAUGUUCUUUUUUAAUACAAACAACUUAAUAUCAAAAGAAAACCAUACACGGACAAGAUAUUUUAAUGUAUCAGACAUUUUCACACCAGUGCAUAGAUGACUUACCGUUAUAUCACCUAAUGGAAGAACAUCCACAAAGUAUUUGUCCGAAAACUGUUACUACCCGGCUAGCACUUUUUGCAAAAGUUUUUGGAUAAAGGAGCCCUUUUAUGUCAAUGUGAUUUUUUUUUCUUGAAUUAAGUGCAUAUAUGUGUAUUUUUACAAGUUAUUUUUCAAAACAUGCGAGCAUGGGCACCUUUUAAUAAAUACCUCAAACUACA